AUGUUGGACACGGGUCUCGCCGUGGGAGACGUUGGCGGAGCACAUCAGUUCAAGCACGGCCAGUCCAAUCCCACCUACUUGCUUCAGGUGAGUGGCGUUGUGCAGUGCGCAAAGUAUGUGCUCCGAAAGAAGCCGCCUGGGAAGGUGCUUUCUUCUGCGCAUGCAGUCGAGCGCGAAUUUCAGGUGAUGGCGGCCCUUGGAGGCACAAAUGUUCCAGUCCCAAGGGCACUGUGUCUCUGCACGGAUGCGGCAAUUAUAGGCACCCCAUUUUAUGUCAUGCAGCAUGUUCAGGGCCGCAUCUUCACGGAUCCCAGCUGCCCAGAGCUAGCGCCCGAGGAGCGCGCAGCCACCUACGCUGCUAUGGCUGCCACGCUAGCAUCGCUGCAUUCUGUGCAGCCGACCGCCGUCGGCCUGAGCCGCUUCGGCCGCUCCAGUGGCUACUGCAAACGCCAGGUAUGGAGGUGGGCGCAGCAGUACCGCUCGCAGCUGACGGGGCCGCCAUUGCCGCAGAUGGCAGCGCUCAUCUCCUGGCUGGAGGCCCACAUCCCCCCAGAAGACGGCGAUCCCUCCGCCACGCGAAUCUCCCACGGCGACUUCAGGCUGGACAACCUGGUGGUUGACCCCAGAGCGGCUGGGCGUGUGCUGGCAGUGCUGGAUUGGGAGCUGUGCACGCUGGGCCACCCCUUCGCUGACCUGGCCUACAGCGCCAUGCCCUACCAUCUCCCCGCCGGCAUCGAAGCCCUGCCCUCCCUGCCCCACCCGUUGCCCCCUGGGGUGCCUACCGAGAGCAAGUACAUUGCGGCUUACUGCAGCGCACGGGGCAUAGCGCUGCCCACCGCCGAGGUGUGGUCAUUCUUCAUGGCGCUGUCGCUCUUCCGCGCAGCCGCCAUUCUGGCCGGCGUCGGCGCCCGCGCCAAGCUCGGGAACGCCUCAUCCGAUCGCGCCGCUGCGGUACGCUCCCCUUGGCGGGACGCAGUGGCUGCAGCUGGCUUUGAGCCUCCGCCGCACGUCGCCGAGUUGCGCGAGCGAGUGCGGGCGUUCAUGCGCAAGCACGUGUACCCUGCAGAGCCCAAGCUCGAGGAGCUGGCGGCGUCCGACCAGCGGUGGACAGUGCACCCAUUGAUGGAAGAGAUGAAGGCCAAGGCGAAGGCAGAGGGACUGUGGAAUCUUUGGAUAUCGCCUGACUUGGCCGCCAACAUCCGGCCGGCCCUGCCUGUGCAUGAGCAGGAUACCCUCCUGCUUGGUGCCGGGCUCAGCAAUCUGGAGUAUGCAUUCCUGAGUGAGGAGAUGGGGCGAAUCGUGUUUGCGUCGGAGGUGUUCAACUGCUCUGCACCGGACACCGGCAACAUGGAGGUCCUGGCCAGGUAUGGGAGCCUGGAGCAGAAGAGGCGCUGGCUGCUGCCGCUGCUGAGGGGCGAGAUCCGCAGCUGCUUUGCCAUGACGGAGCCCGAGGUCGCCUCCUCCGAUGCAACCAACAUCCAGUCAUCCAUCAAGCGGGAGGGCAGGGAGUAUGUUCUGAACGGGCACAAGUGGUGGGCCAGCGGGGCAAUGGAUCCCCGUUGCCAGAUCUGCAUCUUCAUGGGCAAGACCGACCCGUCCGCCCCCACGCACAAGCAGCAGUCCAUGAUCCUGGUCCCCAUGGACUCCAAGGGAGUGAAGAUCGUUCGGCCGCUGACUGUGUUUGGCUACGACGACGCCCCCCAUGGCCAUGCAGAGGUUUUAUUCCAGGAUGUGAGGGUGCCUGCGAGCAACAUGCUGCUGGGCGAGGGGCGCGGCUUUGAGAUCGCGCAGGGACGCCUCGGCCCCGGUCGCCUGCACCACUGCAUGCGCGCCAUCGGCAUGGGCGAGCGGGCGCUGGAGCUGAUGGGGGAGAGGGCGCUGGGCCGCACGGUGUUCCGCCGGCGCAUGGCCGACCACGGCGGCUUCCAGCAGCGCCUCGCGCGCGCCCGCAUCGACCUCGACGCUGCCAGACUCACCGUGCUCGACGCCGCCCACGCCCUCGACCGCCUCGGCAACAAGCAGGCGCGAGGCAAGAUCGCGGCGGCAAAGGUGCUGGCGCCCUCCACAGUGCUGGCGGUCCUGGACGCGGCGAUUCAGGCGCACGGCGGCGCGGGCGUCUCCGAGGACGUUCCCUUGGCGCGGCUAUGGGCCGGAGCGCGCACUUUGCGCAUCGCCGACGGCCCCGACGACGUCCACCUCAUCUCCAUCGCCAAGCUGGAGCUCGCACACCGGCGCUCCAAGAUGUAG